CUGACGCCUGCUUGAUAUUCUCACUAUAACCAGGGCCAAGGGCUCCACUCUUCAGUACUCGGCUAUAUAACACUUCGCGGCUCCUCUUCAGGCAUUCAGUCCUAGCUUAUCGACUCAGCAUGAAGACCCUGUUCGCCCUCCUUGCUGCGGCCUCUUGCUGCCUGGCCGCCGCAGUGCCGUACACUCCGGCUGGACCGAAGGCACAAGGAGCUCUCCUCCUCCUACCGCACCAGCAGGCGAAGGACAACAACAACAGUACAUCCACCACACCGAGAUUUGUUACUAAUGGAACUGACAACCUGGAAGACGUGAACGCCAAGUUAUCAGAGAGACUGAGGCAACAGCAGGGUUCUGAACAAGGUGCGUACCACGUGUACCUCCAAGAUGGCCGCCUACAGAAGGUACAGUACAUCACUGCACCUAUCACCUCCGGCCAGCAAACUCAACAGCAACAGUACGCUUCCAACAACUACAACCAACAGCAACAGACCCCAGAGAUCCUGAGCCCUGACUUCGCGGAUAAACGAGGUGCCUACUUCGUACAGGUCCCCCAAGAACGGAUCCAAGCGUACCAGAACUACGCCAGACAGGCUUCUCAGCAGACCGCUCAGUUCCAGAACGCAGCCGCCAGCAGCCAAUAUAGAGAGGACCCCACAGAACAAGCUGUGGUCCGAUACCUUCCUGUGCCGCUGACUGAGGAGGUUGGGCAGUACAGCGGGAAGUACACUGCUGGUGAGCAGUACUACGGCCAGCAGCAGCAGUACAGUACCGGAGAGCAGCAGGCGGUGGUACAGUACUCGGAGGUACAGCCCAUCCAGGGACCGGUGUACUCCUACAGUCCUCAGGAGAUUACCAGGAUACUCAGAUAUGCACCUGUCUACUAAUUCCCCAAAAAUACGCCCAUUAAUGAAUACUCAAACCCUUUGUUUAGUUUAUCAGCUGGAUUUUUAUAUCAACAUCAUUAAAAAUACAUAGUGUAACGAAAUUAUACCUCGUAUGUUCUAAAGGACUACUUUACAGUAGGGACAACUUUUGUACAUUUUUCAUGACUUUAAGGAUAAUUAUAAAAAUAUGAUAAUAUUUCUUCAGUU